UGACAGCAGUGGAAACAUGGUAAAAGGACGCAAGUGGACAGUGCAGAGGCCUAAGCAGGAAGACGCGUCCUUUAGCUGUAACGUCAGCAAUGCCGUUAGCUGGGAGACUGCGGUGCAGGUCAUCACUGUGGAGCAGACACCUGUGGGAUGGAUGAUUGGAAUUGCUGUUGGUGGAAUUGCUACCGUCGUUGUUGCUGUCCUAUUUUGUAUCUGCUGCUGUAAAAAGCACAAAGGAGAAGCGCCAGAGAUCGAACCAUUAAAUUCGGAAGUGGAGAAUGGGCAAUGUCCUGCUGCUGAAGAUGUCACUGCUGCAGAGACCAGCUCACCCUGCCUCUAGCAGAGCAUAAUCUAGCUGUG